AAUACAUUCUCCUAGCCCAGCCCAAACCCCAGCUCUUAACCAUAAACCCUAACUCUCAUAAACCUUGUUCCUCCACCUGGGCCUCCUCACCUCUCCGCCGUCCGCCAUCUUCCCCGCCGUAUCGACUACAGCUCCGGUCUGCAAAUUACGCGGGGUUUUGCCUCCUCCAUUAGUUACUGAUUGGAUUCGUCGAACCCGUUUCAAGACAGAGCUACAAUCUUCAAAUUUUGCAUUAGUAACUCAUUCGAAAGUCUCAAUGGCUUCUCCGACUGGUCCAACGGCUGUGGACAAGGAACAGAUAUUUGGUAUGGCAGAAAAGGAGAUGGAAUAUCGAGUUGAACUGUUCAACAAGCUUACACACUCGUGUUUUAACAAAUGUGUCGAUAAGAGGUACAAGGAAUCUGAGCUGAAUAUGGGUGAAAAUAGCUGCAUUGAUCGCUGUGUUUCCAAGUAUUGGCAUGUAACCAAUUUAAUCGGCCAGCUACUUGGCUCUGGUAGACCUCCCAUGUGACUUGCUUCCUGAUCUGAGUGAUUGUUUGGUGAGUUUGGAAGAACUUCGAUCUAUGCAUUUUAGGUCUAAUUAGUUCUCCAUCUCACGAAAUAACCUGUUUUUCUGUUCAAUAAAGCAGUGAAAAUGGCGGAUUCUAGGCAAUUUUAUAGUUUUCAUUUCACCAUUCACUAUUAUACCCUUAUAUUUUCGUUGCUCAAGAUCAUAGUGGCUAUAAUUUGCCACUUAAAUAUCUUUCUUGCCAAUUCUUUAGCUUUAGAUUCUGAAAAGGAUGGUUAAGUGAAGUUUAAUUGUACUUUCCCACCUAAAUAUUUUGGUGUUUAGAUUAACAUUGAUGCUCUC